GCAAUUAGCUACAUCAUUCUGUCGCGUUAACAUUAGAGAAUCCACAAAGACAAGACUCACUUCACUUCCCUGCCUCCAAAUCUCCGAUGCCGUCAGCGACGAGGUGGUGGCGGAUCCGCUUGGCUUCAUCUGGAUCCGAGCCGGGAUGGUUUUCAGGAGUUGGAUACGGACAGUGGCGCUGGCUGAGCUGGAGUCGCCCGGAGCUGAGUUUCUUGUCCGUAAUGGUCGAUGACGUUGUGUGGAAAGUAGUGGUGGCGUUCGAGUCGGUGGCUUUGGUCUCGAUGCUUGGUUUCUUCUUUAUCUUCUACGGCUGCACUGUCUGAUUUUGAAUUUCACUUAGGAUUUUGUUUUUGUUUAUUGCCGUAGAGUUUUGGGAUUUCUUUUGUUGUUUUUCCUUAUAAUUUUUUUUUUAUUGGUCUACUUCCACCGUACGCUAGUGGUAACGCAACGGCGGAGAUACUGAUGCUGUUGUUCAAGGAUGCGCGUGAUGAUCACUCGUGACUCGCCGUAGUUUGUUUUAGUUUUGAUUUCUCUUUCUGAAUGAUCAUAUCAUGUCAUGUUUGCCCAAAAAAAGAAUGAUCAUAUCAUGUUAUGUUUUGGUAGUUAAAUGUUCAAAUCCAACAAACCCCAAAAAGGAAAAAUUGUUCAUCAA